CAGAAGACCAGUCUUGCGCCGACCGCGGAAGGUAAUCGACGUGCGUGAAUACGAACGAAUACAUCGAAUAUUACGAUUGAUUUUACUAAAAAAGUAAUGAAAGUGAUAUAAAUAAUAUUCCCGCUUUGAAAGUGGGUGUUGACAAAUUGACACUAGUGACAUAGGAAGUGUGCCAUACUUGUGGCAAGUGUCAACAUGGGUGUCAAGCCGCUGCUGUUUAUGUGCCUGAUGGUGGCAUGUGUUUUCUUUACGAAUGCACAAGAAGAGAGACGCGUGGUGAAGCCCCCGCCCACGAGGUUCACAUGUCGCGGCCGCGCGUCCGGCUACUACGCCGACAUGGAUACUGGAUGUCAGGUGUACCACAUGUGCGACGGCAUGGGCCGGCAGUUCAGCUACUCCUGCCCCAACACGACGCUGUUCCAACAGCGCAUGCUGGUCUGCGAUCAUUGGUAUAUGGUCAACUGCUCCAAUGCCGAACGCGACUACGACGCCAACCUGCUUAUAGGUCAGCGUGACAAGCCGUUUGUCUCUGAUGAAGACAUGAAGUCGCGCACUCCGCGGCCUGACGUGUUGUCCGUGCCGCCCAACAACAACUACUACGAUGGACUGAGGGAGGCAGAGACAAAGUUCCCGAUACAUCCCGGUAACAGCAUCGCAGGCGUCGCCGACUCCAUUUCAGAUGAUAACAACGACUUGGACAGCGACAAGCACAGGUUCCGGCCGCAGACCUCCUGGUCUAUCGGAAAAGUGACAGAAAAUAACUUUAGCACCAAACGCAGUAGGAUUAAUAAACAAGACAGAGACAGCGUGACCGAGGCCUCCCAAAGAGUUCAGCCGACGUUUGCACCGACACCUAACGGUCCAACGGUCAAUCAAGGUAAUAUCCCAAUUCCUUCGAGAGAGCUCAGCCCACCGAUCCCACCGGCGACUACCACACAAUCCGACGCAGGCAGAUUACAAUCCAACAAAGAUGGAACCGAAGAUCCAGUAUUUACUUUCAUUAAACGAUUUGACCCAAACGUUCCAGACUCACAUAAAACUUCAAUGACCAAAACCGAAAUCAUAGACAUUAAUAAAGAAUUACCUCAGGGACAAGUCAGUUCGGAAGAAGACAGAACUCCGCGCAGAAACAAGAACUUCGGUAACACUUUGAAUAAAGUUCGAAACGAUAAAAAGAAAGGCGCCGCAGAAAAUACAAGAUUUGAUACUGUCAACGUGAAACCCGAAACAACUAUUGAGACGAACAAUGAAAAUACAGGAACAAGUCAAAUCCCGGUCCCCGAUAUACACUUACUACCUCCGAGGUCCGAAUAUUCUAAGAUACCGUCCACAACAAUGGGACCACCGAUAUACUACGAAUGGAAGUGGGCGGUGCCGGCGUUCGGUCUCGAGCCUCCCAAAGAGAGUAAUGCCACCAACGCAACAGCGGCACCACAAAAACGAACAGCACCGGGCAGGAGACCGUUCAGUGACGUCACCAGGACUACGACCACGCCCGCCCCGCCGGUCCCGCUCAACACCGAUUACAACAUUAGCUCGUACUUCGUUCCCGACUACGUGUUCCCCCUGGACAAGCCACAUCCAGGGUAUGAGGAUACGGAGGGCUCGUUGGAUGCGAGAGCGGGUCGGCCGGGCAGGUCCAGCUACGGCGAGAACCCCGAGUGUCCUCAGUGCCACCCCGUCUACCUCAUCCCGGGGAGCUGCGAGCCCUGCGUCGUGCGACGGUAACAUAGUACUUACGCAAAUGCGGUUUUUGAAUUUGUAAAUAUGAUAUAUGUUACAUCACUACCUUUAAUGAUUCUUUUACAUAACUUUUAAUUGUUUUAUGUUUAUAAGAGAUUUUUAUAACAUAGCCUAAUAUGUUUUCUCAGUACAAAGACGUCUAACCGUUUAAUAUUGUUGUUGACAAAAUAAAUUCAUUGAAUUAUAAUAUCAAAUGACUUGAGUAGUUAAAAGUAAUUAAAAAAAAUCCCUGCAAAGCAAGUGUUACUUUAGUUUAAAUAUGUAAGAUUAUUUUAUAAGAUUGUAUUUACAAAUAAAUAAGGGUUAUGUUAAUUAAGGAUAUAGUACAUAAGACCUUAUAUAGUUAUAUUUAUGUUUUUGUAUAGUUUUGUACGUGUGCAUGUGUUACAGUGUAAUAAUAAAUAUUUUAA